AGCGCGGUCCUCCCACGCGCUACGUCCCCCUGGUGAAACUCCUCACCGUCAGGUGAAAAAGAAGUGGCUGGUGACUCCACAUGUAUGGGAGGAGGCAUGUGGUAGUCUGCAGCCCUCCCCGGAUCGGCCGAGGGGGCGGAGCAGCGACCGGGACGGCUCAGAGGUGUGUGCAGGGUGAUUGGCCGGGUACAAUUGGGGAGAAAAGGGGGGAGGGGGUGCAAUUAAUUGUUCAGUGAGUAUUUCUAACCGUCGUCGUUCUUGCACGGCUCACCACAGAGGCCAGCAAAGACCACGAAUCGAACCUUACCCUUGACUCCCUUAACUCCUACAGUAUACACAUCAAACCAGUCCAUUUCCAUACUUGAGUCAGCAUGUUUACCAAGACACAGGACGUGGUGUAACGACCCCUUGUUUUGUCUGUGGUGGAAAACCUGUUCCUUGUGUCCAUCCCCAGGGUAUUGACCAGUUUGGGCCUCCGAUGAUCGUUCACUUCAGGGCUCAGUAUUACGUGGAGAACGGCAGGUUAAUAAGUGACCGCUCAGCCAGAUACUACUACUACUGGCACCUGAGGAAACAGGUGCUGCUCUCCCAGUGCAUCCAGAGGGAGGAGGCCUACUUCCUCCUGGCCGCCUUUGCCCUCCAGGCUGACCUGGGCAACUUCAAACGAAACAAGCACUUUGGGAAGUACUUUGAACCCGAAGCUUACUUCCCCCCGUGGGUGAUAGCCAAGCGUGGCCGUGACUACAUCCUGAGGCACAUCCCCAACAUGCACAAAGACCAGUUUGCUCUCACGGCAUCCGAGGCACAUCUGAAGUACAUCAAGGAGUGUGCGCAGCUUGAUGAUGUCACUGUCCACUACUACCGACUCUAUAAGGACAAAAAGGAAGUCGAGGCAUCGCUGACGUUGGGACUGACUUUACGUGGGAUACAAAUAUUCCAGAACGUGGGCUCCGUCAGGCAACUGCUGUACGAUUUCCCCUGGACCAACGUCGGGAAACUGGUGUUUGUGGGCAAGAAGUUUGAGAUCCUUCCUGAUGGUUUACCCUCGGCUCGUAAGCUCAUCUACUACACAGGCUGCCCCCUGCGCUCCCGCCACCUGCUGCAGCUGCUCAGCAACAGCCACCGCCUCUACAUGAACCUGCAGCCUGUCCUCAAACAGGUCCGCCGGCUGGAGGAGAACGAAGAGAAGAAGCAGUACCGAGAGUCGUACAUAAGCGAUGCCCUGGAUCUUGACAUGGAGCAGCUGGACAAGCGGUCGCGGGCCAGCGGGAGCAGCGCGGGGAGCGCCUCCCACCACAAGCGCCUGUCCCGCCACUCCACAGCCAGCCAUGGCAGCUCCCACACGUCGGGCAUCGAGACGGACAGCUUCAGGGCCCCCGGCCAGGCCCCACACCGUCCGCUGCGCACAUGCAGUUCCUCCACCACCAGCCACGGGAGCUCCCACACCUCUGGCAUCGAGAGCAGCGGCAAGGAGCGCAUUCUGGACGAUGACGAGAUUGAGAUGCUGGUAGACGACCCAAAGGACUACGAGGAGCUUCAUGAGAUGGCCCUGGAGCUCAACCAGGACCUGUGCAUCCACAUCACCGAGGACAUGUUAACCAUGUCUCCUGACCAGACCAACGGAUACUCAGGACUCAUCGUGAAAGAUGUGAGCUCCUCGACCUCCAGCUCCUCUGAGACGGUGGUGAAGAUGAGAGGCCAGAGCAUCGAGUCCCUUCCUCAGACAUCCGUGUGCAGGAAACCUCAGUCAUCGACCGACCGGCACAGCCAAUCGCUGGACGACAUCCGCCUCUACCAGAAGGGCUGCCUGGAGUGGGCAGAGCUCUGCCAGGACACCGCCCACAGCUACACGUUCGGCUGCGCCCAGGAGCUGAGCGACGGCUGCGGAUACCAGGGCCUGGCGGAGCAGUGCGCCGGCAUGCGCGGGGAGCAGCAUCCUUCCUACCCCAUCAAGAGAACCAACAAGUACUUCUCCCUGGACCUGACUAGCGACGAGGUGCCGGAGUUCGUAGUGUGACCGGACAGAGGACGGGGGCACCGACGAGGGUUGUCCUCUGGGCACGACCUCCCUGCUCCUCCCUCCCUCCUGGACAGACGUGGAAAUGCCUCAGUUCACGCGGGGAGGGGGAGGAUGCGGGGGAGGAGCAUUGAAAAGGAGCGAGGAACGUUGUUUUCCGGACUCGCCAAUACCGAACAGCAUUUAUGAAUAAACCGGGCGCCAGUCGUGGUAACCUAGCCUACCCUUCGCUUACCCCUUGAGACCUGACGUCCAACUUUCAAAGCACUGCACACUGCAGCCCAGGAGAGCCGCCGAACACGGACUGCCGGGUGUAGGAGAACCCGUGUCUCCGAUAGCUGAUCUAUCUGUGCUGCGGUGCUGGGACUCUGGUGGGGAUGGAGUAAUAGAGGAAGUGUAAGGGAACGUCUCAUCUUUGGAGAAGGAACAAAAAAAAAAAAUCUUCAUCGUUGUUGCUAAAGGGCCAGCUCUUCUCCAAAACGGCCCGAAUAUCAACAUUGUGUGUGUGUGUGCGCCUAUUUUAUUGAUACUAGCGAACACUCAAGACAAGCUGUGCACACAGAGACACACACCGUGCGUGGCAGCACUUUGUUUUGGAUGGUGUCAAUCUUAAACCAGGGAGGAGGGAACGGGAGCUACCAACCAAAGACGAGCUUCGAGCGAAUGCGGGGACGCCGGAGGAGACCGUUUUCGAUCCUCCGUGUGACCGGCCGCUGAAACGACUUCACCUUCUGAGCCUGUAGGGGAUUCGGAGGCCGACGCGGGAGCGAGACUUUGCUCGCCGCCAGGGGAUUUCUGACCUUUGAACCCCUCGGAGAGAGCUCAGCGACGCGCCUGUCGUCGGUCUUCCUUCCGAGCAGCGUGUCGCUUCACCUUACCGAACCAGGGAGUGCAGCGGGCCAGCGCCAACGUAGUCCCUCAGACUGGACCCUGCUAACGUGCACUCGGUGAGAACACACCACCCCACGUGCCUUUAUCACACACUAUGCAGCCCCCCCACCCCCCCGCAGCCGCCACACCCUCGCCUCGACAAUCACGGAGUUAACUCCGCCCCUCACCGAGUCACGGGGGUCCGCUUGAAACCCUUUCAAAUCAAACCGUUUCCUCUUCAGGCAGUUUGGCCGAGUUCGUGUCGCCUCAUGAUCAAAACAUGGCACACAGGCGUUUGAGCAGAGGGAAACCUGUUUUAUUUCUUUCCAGGGCUUUUCCCCCUCGUAAUGACGUCAUUAUUCAUCGUCAUUAUUCGUCAUCUUUCUGCAUCGAAAGAUCCUGGCGUGAUAACGAACCCUGUUCCGUGUGCUGUGUUGAUGCGCCUCCGCAUGACGGGCACGAGGCGGCGCUCAGCAGCGUCCAGCAGCAGUGUUGAGUAGCAGC